AAGACCUUCAAGGAGCUCGGCCUGGCGGACCCGCUCUGCGACGCUUGCCAAAAGAUGAACUUCAAGGCGCCGACCGCCAUCCAGUGCGAGGCGAUCCCGUGGGCGCUCGCCGGCCGCGACGUCAUUGGCCUCGCGGAGACGGGUUCGGGGAAGACGGCCGCCUUUGGCCUGCCCGUGCUCAACCGGCUGCUCGACGCGCCCCAGCCGCUCUUUGGCCUCAUCAUCUCGCCGACGCGUGAGCUGGCGCUGCAGAUCGGAGAGCAGCUCGAGGCGCUCGGCUCGAUGAUCGGCGUCAAGGUUGCGGUGGUGGUGGGCGGGGUCGACAUGGUGCAGCAGGCGAUCCUGCUCGCCAAGCGGCCGCACCUCGUCGUCGGCACGCCCGGCCGGCUGGUCGACCACCUGCAAAACACGCGCGGCUUCUCGGUGAAGGGUGUGCGGUACCUGGUGCUGGACGAGGCGGACAAGCUUCUGGCGAUGGACUUUGAGAAGGAGCUGGACACGAUCGUCCACGCCAUCCCGCGCGAGCGGAACACCCUCCUCUUCUCCGCGACGAUGACCUCAAAGGUCAAGAAGCUGCAGCGCGCCUCGCUGACGAACCCGGUCAAGGUGGAGGUUUCGUCAAAGUACAAGACGGUGCGCACGCUGCUCCAGCAGUACCUCUUCGUGCCGUCAAAGCUCAAGGACGUCUACCUCGCCUUCGUCCUGAACGAGCUGGCGGGCAACACGGCGAUCGUGUUCGUGUCCACCUGCGCCAACGCGCAGCGCCUCGCCCUCGCCCUGCGCGCGCUUGGCUUCGGCGCCCUGCCGCAGCCCAAGCGGCUCGCCGCUCUCAACAAGUUCAAGGCGGGCGGGCGCUCGCGCUCUAUCCUCAUCGCGACUGACGUCGCCGCGCGCGGACUCGACAUCCCGUCGGUCGACCUGGUCCUCAACUACGACCUGCCCGCAAACUCCAAGGACUACAUCCACCGCGUGGGCCGCACCGCGCGCGCAGGGCGAGAUCGCGCCGAGAUCUCC